AUAAAAGCUAUACAAAUCUAUAGCUUUGCGAGUGAUUAAUCCCAGUAAUAUUUUAAAUGUGUUCACGUUGUAGAUAUUGUUAAAUGAUAACAAUUCUAAAUUGCUUGAAUGAAAGAAUCUGUACGUGAACGAGUCUUUGUUCACGGAUGUCUGUCCUUUUAAAUAAACCUUUUUCACACUUUGAAACGCGCAAGUAAACGAUUGCAGGGUAAACUUCAAUGGGAGGGAAUGGGAGAUCACAGCAAAUAUUAUUUUCACUUCCCAUUUCCUCUAAGACCAAAAGAAAAAAUCCAUUAUUACGUUUGAAUGACUUUCCAGAAGAGUUAAAAAAUAGAGAGCGGUGGAUUAAGAGAGUAAAGUGGCGCAGCUGUAAUAGAAACCCCCUCGCAGCUGUGGAAAUUCAUUUUUAAAUCUAAUUCCAGGGCAAUAUAACAAAGCAUAAUGUUAUAAAUUUACACUCAAUAUUUAAAAACAUUUAUAAUAUAAAAAAUAGCGAGAUUUACGCUGCUAAAUAAGGCGGAAACGCGUCAUCACAGUCUGUGAAAAAGGUCUAUUUAUAAAUGUGUAAAAUAUAAAUAACGACCAUACACAAAGAUGACGAAAAGACGCUUUUGAAACCCAUAAUUCAUUUAUAUAGGCCAGGGGUCCCCAAACUUUUUUCUGCGAGGGCCACAUAAUUUUUCCUUAAUUUAAUGGGGGGCUAGGGAUGCAGCGAUUAACCGGUUUCGCGAUUAAGCGCGCUUUAAAACAUCACGGUUAAUUAAUCGUAAAGGUUCCGCUAAACCGAGUGUUUCUGUUACACAGAACGGAACUGCUGCAGCUUGCGCAAAAACGAAACCAAAGUUACACUAGCGGUGCACCAUCUUAAAAUGACGUUUCUUGACAGAUGAGACAAACAGCCACUUCUUUGCACUGAACAAAAAAAUAAUCACUUGUCCACUUUUGGUUAAAUACCCUUCAUUCUGAAUCAACCUUUCUCUUUCCCAGCCGUUUCGCCAUUUUGUCGUCUCUUUGAAUUUUCUCGCUGGCUCGCGCGUCACCUGUUAGAUCGCGAUGGCACGUUAUGUUGAACGUACCAUUCUGUUGAAACACUGCAUUACCUAUAACAUGCCUCGAGUACAACCACGCAAGCAAAGGAAUUCCAUGAACAUUUUGAACUAUUUUCUUCCUGAAAAAAUGGAUCAUACGAGUAAGACAGAAGAGGGGACUGCAAAAAACGGUCAUGAACCGCCGAAGGAAAAAAUGGGACAUUUUUGUAAGGAGGAAGUUAAAGAGGAACUAUCAAAAAGCCAUUUGCAGGGAGCAGAAGGGAAAAACCACACUUUCCAGUUCUGUUACGAAAAGGAGAAAUAUUCAGUGGUUUGCAAUGCAUCCAUUACUGUGCUUGAUGCUCUGAAUACAAGCCAUAUUUUCAAGGACAUUAAAACAAAAAAGAAGAACACAGAGAAAGAAAUACUUAUCCAAAGAAGAUCCAAAGGAGAAGUCCCUAGAGCUGCCGUGAAGACAGAUUUCCCCUGCUGUCUUUUUGAAAAAGAUGAAAUCAUUGAUGUAACCUUCAUCAAAAAUGAUGGAAAUGCUUCUACAAAAGUGACAACAACUGCUGGUAUUUCAUGCCUAAGUACACCUGAAAAGUUUGUCACCUUCUACAUCAAAAAGAAAGGAGGCGAGAAAAUUAAACGCUUAUUGAAGAGCAACGCCCUGAUGAGAGAAGUUGACUAUGUUUGUGUUUAUGCACUCAAAGCCAAGAAUCUGAAAAAUGCUCUAAGGCAUGAUGGACGAUUUAUCAGUGUUAUAUUCAAGAAACAUUGUGCACUAUCUGAGUUUGGUAGCGAGACAAAGCAUGAAAUGUCACACCCUGUAGAUCAUCUUGAUGGAAAGGUUUUCCAGGUAGUCAUUAUCAGUGACACCAUCCAGUUAGAUAGCCAAGAGGAUUUUACACCUGUUGACACUGAAUCUAUUGUAGCUUCAGAAAAUGCUUUUCAAGAAAGUGGGUCAGGCCAGAAUCACAAUAAAACUGAGAAAGAAACUCCUCAAAAUGGAAACACAAAAUCCAAAAAUUCUCCUGUGAAGAGAGGUGUCCCAGAAUCCAUUCCGAACUCUGAAGAGAUUCUAAAAAUUUUGCGUAAUCAGUUUAAAGAUUUACUGCAGACGCUAAAAGAUCGAGAAAAACUCCGGGACAACACACAGGUCCAGAACUUCUUUAGAGCUGAAUAUGAUAAAAGCGUUCAGAGUUUCUCUGAGGUGAAGAAAGUGAAGCAGCUUAUGAGGCUGUGUGACUCUGUAUGUCUGAUUAUGGUGGAGGACUCUGCCAGAGGAACUGGUUUCUUACUCUUCGACAGAUUUAUCCUCACCAAUGCUCAUGUUAUUGGGGACUUUGACCCUUUCUCAAAGAAACUUUCGAAGUCCUUCAGAGCAGCUUUUGGAUAUGAAGAUGUGGAAGCAAAGGAGAUCAAGCUUGUACCAAUCAAGGAACAAGUUACAGCUUACUUUUAUGGAAAUAAAGACAUGGAUAUGCAUCUUGAUUUUGCUCUUCUUGAAUUGAGCAUUGAUGAAAUGACCGAUUAUCCUGAAUUGCUGAGUCGUUUCAGCCUUGGCCCUACUCCUAACAGAGGUGGGAUCUGCAUUGUGGGACAUCCUGGUGGUGGUGUGAAGAGAAUGGACCCCUGCUUCAUCAUUCCAAGAGAGGAUCGACUUGAGGCUGAAAUUAAACACACAUCUGAGAAUGCCGAUUUCUUUCAUGUUAUUACACAGCAGUGUAUUGCAGAGAAAUGGAAGGUGCAUGAAAACCAGGUGACUUAUGACACUUGUUUCUUUCAUGGAUCUUCUGGCUCGCCAGUUUUUGAUGAAGACUGUUAUCUGAUUGGUAUGCACACUGGUGGAUACGUGUACCCAGGAAAAGGAGGUAAAACUAGGAGUGUUAUGGAAUAUGCCUAUUCCAUGCAGCCAAUUCUGGAAAAUAUAAUCAAACAGGCAAAAAUGAGUGGUAGAUUGGACAUCUUAAAUUUACUGUCUGAAUUUAAAUCUUUACGUUUAAAUUUUGACUUUGGCAAUGAUGUGGAAAUGACGGAAGAACCACAAAAUCAAGAAGACUGGAUAUGAAAAAUGGGACCGUGGAGUCCAGAUAGAAGCCACCCCCACAUUUCGGUGUCUAUUGCUUUGGAAGGAAAUGUCAAACGCAUCAUGUUUUCUUUAAUUUCCAUAUAUUUUGAAAAGAAAUGAAUUUAUGCAAAUAUUUUCCAUGUAUGUACAGUUUCAUUCAAUUAUGUAUGGAUUGUAAGUUCUGAAUGAACAUUAGAAAAUUCUAGACAAAUACUUCAAAUCAUCCUUCUAAAUGACUUCUUAUUGCCGUACAUCUCUAUUUCCAUGAUUUGAUUGAUCCAGUGUUAUGAAUGUCACACUCUUUACAUCUUCCAUGUUUUACUUUAUGCAUCUUCAGAAAUACAUAUGUACACAUAUACAGUAUAUCUAUCUUUUUAUUUUUCCAGUUUGUGUUGUCAUUUACUAUUAUCUUAAUCUUAAUAUAUUAAGAUUGAUUUUUAUUGAUAUUCCCAUUACAUCUCUUAAGAAGGCUUACAUGUGUAAAAUCAAUCUAUAUGACAAACGAGUGAUGUAUUAUGAGAAAGAAUACAUGCAAUAAAAAGUGUAACUCAACUGCAACUAUUGUGGAUUAAUUUUGACAAUACAGGGAAUCUUUGAAGACAUUUUUAUCGUCAAAUUAGAUGAAUUACACUAAACAGGUUCUUUAUAAAUAAAACUCCUACUGGUUUGUAAAAAUGAAAGCUUCAGAGAUUUAUUUGUGAUGACCAAUCAGUGUAGACCAACAACUGUUUCACACUGCACACUGAAGCAGCAGGUUUGCAACGCUACAGCGUAACUACAGCAGCAGACUCGCUAGGGCGUAAACACUGGAAGUGUCUUUUAACGCGAUCACUCGACUUUAUAGUCAGAAUUAAGUUAUUAAAUAUACAACCAUUGAAUAGCGAUAUCUCUGCUCAAUCAUCAGCCAAAACGUUUAAUUGUUGAAUAAUUAUAAGAAUAAAGACUGAGUAAUUGUGUCUUCUGUUAUGCAAAACAAUAUUUAAAGUCUCGUUGCCCUCCCCCUCAUGUACAAACCUAGUAUCUCCACUGAAUGAUUAUGUUUGUAAGUACUGAUAGAAGUUACUGUUUACAAACAAAUGCACCGCUCUGCCACUUCUAGGUUCGUUCAAUGGGAGCUUUGCACAAAUUGAGCUGAAAAUGGCCAAAAAUACUGUGAUGUAGAGUUAUAACUUGAUAUUGCGGAUUUUAAAAGCGGCUCGAAAUGAAUGAUAAUGGUCAAAGCCGUUCAUCUAGUGUAGAAAAACAUUUAAAUCCAGAUAGGCACAUGAAGGUGUCCUGUGUAAGUCCCCUUUGCUGUAGAUUAAUUUCCCAUUCAUAUGUCACAUUUCUCAGGCUUUAGAGGUGUGUUGUGUAUGAGAGUGUGUAUUUAUCAACCUGUACAUGUCCAACACAAUCAUACAGGCCCAUUAAAUGUGAAACAGGCGUAUUUAUUAGGAGAAAUGAUUUUGUGUUACCUGCUUGAAUUAAUAAAACUGUUGAUUACA